UUUGACGUGUCGAGAACGAUAUAUAUAUAUAUAUACACACACACGCAGAUAUAUAUAAUAUAUAAAAUUACCGUACAUUUUCUAUAAUUUUGACCAUUUGGCAUUCCAUUAGUUAGGGCGGGAAUCCGAAAUAAACAAAGUUUGGUGUUGUAACUUGAAAGCCCUCUCUCCCUCUAGGGUUUUUUUUCAGUUUUCGAAAUCCAGUUCAAACGUACCUUUCAAUUUCUAGGGUUUUGAGUUGGUUUGGAUGUUCAGGAACCAAAGAUGAGUCUCCUCCGUAAGGGCUCGAAGGUGUGGGUCGAAGACACAAACUCCGCAUGGGUCGCUGCCGAGGUCACAGAUUUCGUCGAAAAACUAGUUCAAAUACUCGUCACUGGCUCUGGGAAGAAGGUGUUAAUUUCUCCUGAAAAGUUGUUCUCGAGAGAUGCCGAUGCGGACCAUGGAGGGGUCGAUGACAUGACUAAAUUGACCUACUUGAAUGAACCUGGAGUUCUAGACAACCUUGAGAGGAGAUAUGCUCUUAAUGAAAUAUAUACAUACACAGGGAGCAUCUUAAUUGCUGUUAAUCCGUUCACGAAGCUUCCCCAUCUCUAUAAUGUGCACAUGAUGGAACAAUAUAAGGGAGCUCCAUUUGGUGAACUGAGCCCCCAUGUUUUUGCCGUUGCUGAUGCUUCUUACAGAGCAAUGAAGAAUGAGGGACAAAGUCAGUCUAUAUUGGUCAGUGGGGAAAGUGGGGCUGGGAAAACAGAGACAACAAAAUUGAUUAUGCAAUAUCUUACUUACAUUGGCGGUCGUGCUGCUAGUGAUGAUAGAUCAGUUGAACAGCAAGUCCUUGAGUCCAAUCCGCUUUUGGAAGCAUUUGGUAAUGCAAGGACAGUGAGAAAUGACAAUUCAAGUCGUUUUGGCAAGUUUGUCGAGAUCCAGUUUGAUGCCAAUGGUAGAAUAUCCGGUGCAGCAAUUAGAACUUACCUUCUUGAACGAUCCCGUGUAGUACAAAUAACUGAUCCUGAAAGAAAUUAUCACUGCUUUUAUCAGUUGUGUGCAUCUGGACUGGAUGCAGAGAAGUAUAAGCUAGGAGAUCCAAGUCACUUCCACUACUUGAAUCAAAGUAAAAUUUAUGAGUUAGAUGGAGUGAGCAGUGCUGAGGAAUAUAUGAAGACAAGAAGGGCAAUGGAUAUCGUUGGCAUUAGUCUUGAGGAACAGGAAGCCAUAUUUCGGACGUUGGCUGCCAUUCUGCACCUGGGAAACAUCGAAUUUUCGCCAGGCAAAGAGCAUGACUCUUCAGUUAUAAGGGACCAAAAGUCAAGCUUUCAUAUGCAGAUGGCUGCUAAUCUUUUUAUGUGUGAUGCAAAUCUUUUGCUAGCCACGUUGUGCACACGCUCAAUUCAAACUCGUGAAGGGAUCAUCGUUAAAGCCCUAGAUUGUGAUGCUGCUGUCGCGGGUCGAGAUACUUUGGCCAAGACAGUUUAUGCUCGGCUGUUUGACUGGCUUGUUGAAAAAAUUAAUAGGUCUGUUGGGCAGGAUCAAGAUUCCCGGAUACAAAUUGGAGUACUAGACAUAUAUGGAUUUGAAUGCUUUAAACAUAACAGUUUUGAGCAAUUUUGCAUUAAUUUUGCAAAUGAAAAGCUUCAACAACAUUUUAAUGAGCAUGUUUUUAAGAUGGAGCAGGAAGAGUAUCGCAAGGAAGAAAUCAAUUGGAGCUAUAUUGAAUUUAUUGACAACCAAGAUGUUUUGGAUCUGAUUGAGAAGAAGCCAACUGGAAUAAUUUCUCUUUUGGAUGAAGCUUGCAUGUUUCCCAAAUCAACACAUAAAUCAUUUUCAACCAAGCUGUUUCAGAACUACCGAGCCCACCCAAGGUUGGAGAAGGCAAAAUUUUCUGAAACAGAUUUUACCAUUUCCCACUAUGCUGGCAAGGUCAUGUAUCAGACGGACUCUUUCUUGGAUAAAAAUCGUGAUUAUGUUGUUGUGGAACACUGCAAUCUACUCUCUUUUUCCAAAUGCCCCUUUGUCGCUGGUCUUUUUCCUGCACUACCGGAGGAAUCUUUAAGAUCAUCUUACAAGUUUUCUUCGGUGGCUUCUAGAUUUAAGCAACAACUUCAAGCUCUAAUGGAAACCCUCAAUUCUACGGAGCCUCAUUACAUUCGCUGUGUGAAGCCAAACUCUUUGAACCGGCCUCACAAGUUCGAGAACCAAAGUAUCUUACAUCAGCUACGCUGUGGGGGUGUUUUAGAGGCUGUUCGGAUAAGUCUGGCAGGUUAUCCCACUCGGAAAACUUAUCACGAGUUUGUGGAUCGCUUUGGACUAAUAGCUUUGGAUAUUAUGGAUGGAAGUUAUGACGCAAAAAUUACGACAGAGAAAAUACUGCAAAAUUUAAAGCUUGAGAAUUUCCAACUAGGGAAGACCAAAGUUUUUCUUAGAGCUGGUCAGAUUGGUGUGUUGGAUUCCCGACGUGCUGAGGUAUUGGAUUUUGCUGCAAAGCGUAUACAGGGUCGACUCCGGACAUUCAAUUCACGCAGGGAUUUUGUCUCAACCCGAGCAGCUGCAAUUUCCCUACAAGCAUACUGCAGAGGCCAUAUUGCACGAAGUAUGUUUGCAGCAUUACGAGAGGCAGCAGCUGCUAUUUCAAUACAAAAAUAUGUCCGCAGGUGGCUAUUAAGGCAUGCCUAUAUUCAGAUUUACUCUUGUGCUGUAUUGAUGCAAUCGAGUAUCCGUUGUUUUUCAACCCGUCGAAUAUUUUUGCACAGAAAGGAGCAUAGAGCUGCUACUCGAAUUCAGGCUGCGUGGAGGAUGUGCACGGUGCGCUCAGCUUUCCGUCAUCGGCAAACUAAUAUUAUAGCAAUACAAUGUCUUUGGAGGCGGAAAAUGGCAAAAAAAGAGUUCCGGCGACUUAAACAGGAAGCUAAUGAGGCAGGCGCAUUGCGCUUGGCGAAGAGUAAACUUGAGAAGCAAUUGGAAGAUCUUACAUGGAGGUUGCAUUUGGAAAAAAAACUAAGGGUUUCUAGUGAAGAUGCUAAAUUACUGGAAAUUUCGAAACUUCAGAAGACAGUGGAAUCUUUAAGUCUUGAGUUAGAUGCUGCUAAGUUGGCCACAGUUAAUGAGUGCAACAAGAAUGCAGUGCUUCAAAAUCAGUUAGAAUUAUCAGCAAGAGAGAAAUCUGCUUUGGAAAGAGAAGUCGUUGUGAUGGCUGAACUGCGAAAUGAAAGCGCAUUUUUGAAGAGUUCUUUGAAUACCUUGGAGAAAAAGAACUCAGUGCUCGAGUGCGAACUUGUCAAGGCUAAAGAAGAUUCUAAUAAAACCAUUGAAAAGCUGAGGGAAGUUGAACAAACAUGUUCACAACUUCAGCUGAAUUUGAGAAGUUUGGAGGAGAAGCUCUCAAAUUUAGAUGAUGAGAAUCAUGUCCUGCGUCAAAAAGCAUUGAAUGCAUCUCCAAGGAGCAACCACCCUGGUUUUGCCAAGCCAUUUUUAGAUAAGUACUCUGGUGGUGCACUCCCUCUCCACUUUACUGAUCGGAAGCCUGUUUUUGAAUCACCCACUCCCACAAAGCUCAUAGCACCUUUUUCACAAGGAUUAUCAGAUUCACGUCGUACAAAGUUAACUGUUGAAAGGCAUCAGGAGAACCAUGAAUUUCUCUCAAAGUGUAUUAAAGAGGAUUUGGGGUUUAAAGGUGGUAAACCAGUGGCAGCUUGUGUAAUAUACAGAUGCCUUCUUCAUUGGCAUGCCUUUGAGUCUGAGAGGACAUCUAUAUUUGACUACAUUAUUGAGGGUAUCAAUGAUGUCCUGAAGGUCGGUGAUGAGAAUGUUACCUUGCCAUACUGGUUGUCUAAUGCCUCAGCCCUUCUAUGUCUCCUGCAAAGGAAUUUACGUUCCAACGGCUUCUUGACUGCAUCUUCUCAACGCUCUGCGGGCUCUUCUACUCUGAAUGGGAGGGUUGCUCAAGUUCUGAAAUCUCCUUUCAAGUACAUUGGAUUUGAGGAUGGUACCUCCCUUCUGGAAGCGAGGUACCCGGCUAUACUAUUUAAACAACAAUUAACUGCUUGUGUAGAGAAGAUAUUUGGCUUGAUUCGUGAUAAUUUGAAGAAAGAAAUUUCACCACUGUUGGGUUUGUGCAUUCAGGCACCCAAAAACCGAAUGCAUGGUGGAAAGUCAUCUAGAUCGCCUGGGGGAGUUCAGCAGCAGUCACCAAGUAGUCAAUGGGAUAGCAUCAUUAAAUUCUUGGAUUCUCUUAUGAGUCGUUUACGUGGAAAUCAUGUACCUUCUUUUUUCAUUCGGAAGCUCACGACUCAGGUUUUCUCUUUCAUCAAUAUAUCACUUUUCAACAGUCUUCUAUUGCGACGAGAAUGUUGCACAUUUUCAAACGGAGAAUAUGUGAAAUCUGGUCUAGCAGAACUAGAAAAAUGGAUAGUUGGUGCAAAGGAGGAGUUUGCAGGAACUUCUUGGCAUGAGCUAAAUUAUAUCAGACAAGCUGUCGGUUUUCUGGUGAUACAUCAAAAGAGAAAGAAGUCCCUGGACGAGAUUAGGCAUGAUCUAUGUCCAGCAUUGACUGUUAGGCAAAUCUAUCGAAUAAGUACCAUGUAUUGGGAUGACAAAUAUGGUACUCAAAGUGUGUCAAAUGAGGUUGUUGCUCAGAUGAGAGAGAUUUUGAACAAGGACUCUCAGAAUCUAACCUCAAAUUCAUUCUUGCUGGAUGAUGAUCUGAGCAUUCCAUUCUCUACUGAAGAUAUAUAUAUGGCGAUUCCUGCUAUAGAUUUUUCUGAUAUUGAGCUCCCAACAUUGUUGUCUGAAUACCCUUGUGCACAAUUUCUGGUUCAGCAUUCAAAGUAAAUGUUCCAACCAUACAAGUUGUGAAGCACAGGUGCUGGUUGGAAGUCUGGUUUAAUUUUAAUGUUACAUGCCUGUAGCUCAGGUAGACCGGCUUUUUCCCACGUAAGAAAACAAGUGUCCCAAACAUUCUACAUGAUAUUUUGAAGAUUAGAUUGUCAAAGAACAAGUGUCUCGACACUCAACAAGAUAUUUUGAAGAUUUGAUUGUCAGAAAGUAAGAGAUGCGCUUAGCAGGCUGUGGAUUGGAAGUGUAACAACUCUUUUGUUGACAAGUGAUUUUGGGGAUUGAUAAGGAUGCCCUCUAAAUUGUUUAGGGUUAGGAAGUAGCGUAGUGAUUGUAUAGUAUUAAGUAUAUAUAUGCUUAAAAGGCUUCCCUGUUUUUAUGAAGCCUUUUCUUUUAAACUCUGUACAUCAUCCAUUCUAAUGGAAACAAAUUCAUGUUGUAUUCCUGGUUCUUUUUUAUGCUCUCUCAUUUUUGGCUUAGACUUGGAAUCCCUUGCGUGUACAAACAUAAAGAGCAUCAAGAAAAUCUUGUUCUUGAGUCUCGACACAAAUACUUGUGUAUAAAGUGAAUCAAGAAAAUUUUGUUCAAUCUUUAUAUAGACAUGUUAUUCA